AUGAAGAGAAAAAAAAGACGUGAGCGGGAGCUUGUGUGUGAGGCUAUAAAUGCCGUGGGAUCUGAGCAGCGCACACACACAGAGGUUAAAAAGAAAUGGUCAGAUCUGGAGGUGGAGGUGAAGCGGAGGGUUUCUGCCCACCACCGAAGCGUGACCACAACAGGCAGGGGGACAGGAGUGGAGGAACUCCCCUUCGACAAGAGAGUGGCCUCUUUAGUGGGUGACACAGCUCUCACCGGAGUGAUGGGAGCCCAUGAAGGUGACACAGAUCAUCCCCAAGACGAUAAGCCAGGAGAGGACUCCUCCGCCGGCGUCUCCACGGCAGCUGCUGACGUCUGCCUGACUGGCCGUGUCCUCACCCGAGCUGUGCUGGAAUCGCAGGAGGAAAUGGUGAGAGCCAUUGGUGGCAUCAAUGAUUGUCUGGAUCAACUAAUACAUGUGGUGCAGGACCCCUGGUCAUCUGUUCCACAACGCAAACAUCUACUCUUGCACAUGGAGUACUGCCCCUACGCCUAUGGUCGGGAGGACGACCCGCUGGAAGACCCUACCAGGCCUAGGAGAGCUUCAGUGAGCACCUGGCACUGGAGAGCAUCAUCAAACACCUCUCUGCAUGUGGAGGGGUGUGGUGCAUCAGCUGCAGGGAAAGGUGUGGAGACAGCUCAAGAGAGCAGCACCAGGUGA